AUGACUGAUGAUAUCGAGUAGACACUCUAUAAUGAAUUUAAAAUCCAAGGUUUUAUUUGCUUUUCAAAUUAGGUUCUUCUAGAAUGUCUGAUACUUUCAGACCACAAUUAAUUUAAAUGGAUAUGUAGGACAUACCAUUUAAAGAAAAUUCUGAUUAUGAUUCAAUACCGUAAAUGGAUUCUCUACAAAAUAUUCGAUUUAGAAAUAUUAGCAAUUCAAAUAAUUAAGGGAAAGAAGUCAUUACUUCUAAAACCUUUCCUCAUCAAAAUGAUAAAAUCAAAUUAUGCAAAAGUACAGGAAUGUUAAAGAUGCUUAUUGUUAAUAAUCAUGUCAAUUCAUUUAUAGAAAAACUUAAGAAAAAGGCAUACAUAUUCCCUAAAAACAAGAGUAAAUAAAUAACAGAACAUUUACCAGAAUUUUUUGCUAAAAUAAAAAAAAAUUGGAGAAAGUCAAAAUAAAUAUAAUAACAAGAUGACAAUUCUAUAAAUUCAAUCUCAAAAAGAUUACCAGUCUUUAAUCCUGCAAGUAAACUUAUGAUUUUUUGGGAAUUCUGCAGAGCCAUCUAAUUGACAAUUUUAUUAUGGUGGCUUCCUUAUAAAAUAGCAUUUAAUCCAUCCUCUAAUUCAAGUAUUGAGGUCUUUGAAAGUUCUUUAACAUAUUUGUUUGGAGCUGAUUUAGCUAUUAAAUUUAAUAGAGGCAUUUUCGAUCAAGGUAAAUUAAUCAAAAAAAGAAUUCAUAUAAUUAAAUCUUAUAUAAAAAAUGAAUUAUAUGAAGAUGUCAUUUAUUUCAUAACUUUGAUAUUUGUUAUUAGUGAUAUUGGAAUUAAGACUUAUUCAUUUUAAGAAGUAAUAGUGUUAGUUUAAUUUGGAUUGAAUUUUAUUAAACUUAAGAAAUAUCUCAAUAAAUAUGAAGAAACCUUUGUGGAAUCCUCAUAUUUAACUGAAGUCUUAAAUUUAAUUUAACUAAUCAUAAUAACAUUCUAUUUUGCUCAUUUUAUGGCUUGUGUUUGGCAUUAUGUUGGUGUCAAAAGUGUUGAAUCAAAUUAAAUUUCUUGGACUUAAGAUUCCUAAUUUGAUAAUUCUAACACUUUAUAAAUGUAUGUUUUUUCAUUUUAUUGGGCUACAACUACUAUGGUGACAGUUGGAUAUGGAGAUAUUUCUGGUAAAAAUAUAUAUGAAGUUUUAUGUGCCAUAAUCCUUAUGAUAUUUUCUAGUGGUAUUUUUGCAUUCUCCAUGAACUAAAUAGGGUCUAUCUUCACUAAUAUGGAUGCUCAAAAGUAAUAAUAUAAGAGGACCCUUUUGUUAAUCAAUUAAUAUAUGAAUAACAAUUAAGUUGAAGAAUAAUUAUAAGGUAGAAUACGUAAUUAUUUAAAAUAUCAUUUUCAUAAAUAAGAGAAAUUAUACAAAAAUGAAAUUAGUGGUAUCAUAGAUAAAUUGCCUUCUAAUUUAAAACAAGAACUCAUUUAAGAUGUUUAAUUUAGAGUUAUGUAAUGCAUUCCCUUUUUCAAUAAAAAUUUUUCUGAAGAAAUUUUACCUUAAAUUGCAUGUGAAUUAAAUCUUUAAUCAUAUACUCCUAGAGAAAUAAUUUAUUAAUAAAAUCAAUUAGAUGAAUGUUGCAUUUAUAUAGUUUGGAAAGGAGAGGUAAAUUUAAUUGAUGAUAAUUCUGGUAAGAUUUUAAAGAGAUUUACAACAGGUCAAUGUUUUGGAGAAUUGGAAUUUUUGACUAAUAAGAGAAGGUAAGGAACAGCAAUUAGUUGUGAUUUUAGUCAAAUUUACAAUAUAUCUAGAAUGCAAUUUCUUAAGAUUCUCAAUUCUUAUAAUAAUGACUUUUAGUAAUUCCAUUAAUUAAAGGAUUCUAUUCUCUUUUAAUAUUAAUCUUCUCCUCUAUAAUGUUAUUGCUGUCAGGAAUCUCAUUGUAUUUGGAGAUGUCCUUAUAUUCAUUAUAAACCAGAUAUAGAGAGAGUGAUCAAAAAAGAGUUUGUUAAGGAAACGUAUUAAGAUAGAUCUUAUUUUAGAAGGAAAGGAGAUCGCUUAAAAGUAUUUAGAUAGGAUAGUAUCUAUUAAAGUACAAGACAUAUUAGAACUUCGAAUGAGAUUGAAAUUACCUAACCUAUUGCAAGUGGGAUUUAAUAGGUAGGUUCAAUCUCUGAAUCUAAUGAAUCAGGGGAAGAAAGUAUUAAAUAUGAAAAGAAAAGUGAUCAAGUACUUACUUUAUCAUACUGCUACCCUAAUGAUAACAAGAGAAAAACUGUUAAAUUAAGACCUUUAGUUUUAUCUCCUGUUUAACCAGCAGAAUCCCCUAAAGCACGUCCAGCAGAAAUUCUAAGAUAUGGAUAGAAAUAAAGAAAAAGUUACUUCUUUCCAGAUAAUUCUAUGAUUAAUAACAAUGUUGUAAUUAAAAGAAGAGAAUCUGUUAAAAGAAAUUCGUCAAUUAUUUAAACAUAAAAUUAUAAUAAAUAAUCUUCAGGCUAUGAAGUUGAUAUUAAUUAAGAACCAUUUCAAAUUAUGGAUGGAAUAGAUAAAUUGAUAAUAUAUGGUAAUUAUUUCUCAGAAGGCAAUUAUAAUAAAAUAAUAGAAGGGUAUCUUAGAUGUUAAAAAAAAUGCAAAUUAUUGAGAAAACAUAUGAUUCCAAGUAAAUAUGCAUUUGUUAGAUUGUAAAAAUUUGAAAGAUUGAAAACACAUGGAAAAAAGAUUAAUUUAUGA